AGUGUGCUAAAGCUAAAACCAUUCCUUGGCGGUCGAUGCGCAAAGUAGGUAGUAGAGCACCUAAAGCGACGUCGUAUGCGUUUACUCGGCACAACUGAACGGUAAUUUUGGCUUGGCUGGGCAGCUCUGUUUCAGUGGCUCCAGUGUAAUAUUCAGAAACAACAAGGGUGGUUAACAGCACUCUCUUUUUCUUUUUUCUUUUUUAACAGUAAUUUCUAGUUUGAGCAUAUUUAACAGUUUUGGGCUGUCACCCAGACCCAGUAGCUGACAGUGCUCUGAAAGCUUAGGAAAUGCGUUUUUGGUAGAACCUCAACAGAACACGACUUUAACAUCUUGGGUUCCAUUCUUUUGAUAUGAAUAUUGCUCUCCUAGCCCAGAAGUUAUGUCACAUAGCAAUCUGGAGACUGAUGGUGAUCUUUGGCAUGUUGGUUGCUGUUUUAAUUGUUUCUCAGUGUAUUGCACUUCCCUACAGCAAAAUAUUGUCUCUAUCUCCUGCUAACAAGGGUUCGAUAGUUAUGGUAGUUCCCAGUGCCACGAUUUUAAACAAUUCACCACCAAAUAAACAUUUUAUUGUUAAUCUUGUGGUGGGUAAUGAUACUUAUACUUCUUCUGACAAAGAUGCUGGGUUUGGGAAUCAAACAAAAGAAACAGAUAAAUUCAAUGAUCUAGCUUCAGAUGGUGACACAAACUCUAAUGGGGAGUUUAAAUUGGAGAAAGAUGACUCCAAAGCAAGCAUAAAUUUAACCUCGGGUAAAGUUCAAAAUCAAUCUGGCAACUUGCCAGUUGUAUCACAAGGAACUCCUACAAAGGGCAUGGGAAACUUUGAUGCAGAUUCAAGGACUUCAGAGUCAUUCUUUGCAGACAACAUAUCUUCAAUUGGCAAUGUCAAACAAACUAUGAAAAUGCAACCCAAGGGUAAGAAGAUUAAGCCACUGCAAGCUGUUUCUGUCACCUUGAACCAUAAAUUUUCCAUGGCAAGUAUUUCCAACUCCAUAUUGAAGAGGUGGGAGAAGCAGGCAACAUCCAUAUCCCAGAUGAACUCAAUAUUGCUUGAAAGUCCGGUGUCUUCUCGUUCCAUGAGACCCAAUUGGUCUUCUGCACGUGAUCGUGAACUCCUAUCUGCAAAACUAGAGAUUGAGAAUGCUCCUGUGAUAAGGAACAUGCCAGGGCUUCAUGCUUUUGUUUUUCGAAAUGUAUCCAUGUUUAAAAGGAGUUAUGAAUUGAUGGAACAUAUUCUCAAAAUUUAUAUCUAUAGGGAAGGUGAAAAGCCCAUAUUCCAUCAGCCACGAAUGAGAGGAAUUUAUGCCUCGGAAGGAUGGUUUAUGAAACUGAUGGAGGGAAGCAAAAGAUUUGUUGUGAGGGACCCCAGAAAAGCUCACUUGUUUUACUUACCCUUCAGUUCGCAAAUGCUAAGGGCUGAACUUUCUGGGCAAAAUAUUCACAGUCAGAAUGACCUAGAGAAAUAUCUGAAGAACUAUGUGAAAUUAAUUGCUGGAAAAUAUCGUUUUUGGAAUAGAACUCAUGGGGCAGAUCAUUUUCUUGUUGCUUGUCAUGACUGGGCCUCCCGAGUCACAAGGCAGCAUAUGAAGAAUUGCAUCAGAUCUCUUUGCAAUGCCAAUGUUGCUAAAGGCUUUAAACUAGGGAAGGACACUACUCUACCAGUUACAUAUAUACGUUCCAUGGAGGACCCACUAAAAGAUCUUGGAGGAAAUCCUCCUUCACAGAGACAUAUUCUUGCCUUCUUUGCGGGGAGCAUGCAUGGUUAUGUCCGACCAAUCCUGCUGCAGUACUGGGAAAAUAAAGAACCCGACAUGAAAAUCUUUGGUCCAAUGCCACGUGAUAUUGAAGGGAAAAAAGUCUACAGGGAGUACAUGAAGAGCAGCAAGUACUGCAUUUGUGCCAGGGGUUAUGAGGUUCAUACACCUCGAGUAGUUGAAGCCAUUUUCUAUGAAUGUGUCCCAGUCAUUAUAUCCGAUAAUUAUGUGCCUCCUUUCUUUGAGGUAUUGAACUGGGAGGCAUUUGCAGUGUUCAUUCAAGAGAAAGAAAUCCCAAAUUUGAGAAACAUUUUGCUCUCAAUCCCAGAAGAGAAGUACCUUGCCAUGCAGUUGGGAGUAAAGAUGAUACAAAAGCACUUCCUUUGGCACAAAAUGCCUGUGAAAUAUGACUUAUUUCACAUGGUCCUUCACUCGAUAUGGUACAACAGAGUUUUUCAGAUGAAAUCCAAAUGAAAGUUUGUGAGAAGAGCUUCUAACUCUUGGUACAGGAAAAGCCAUUAGUGUACGUGCAAAACUUGUUCAUUAGGUAGACAACCAAAAAUGAGGAAACAUGGAGAAGUUAACCCAAGCAUGCCGAUGCAACCACUUCUAUGUCAUUGUUGAUCAAAAUGAAGCUGGUAGGGAUUGGAAAAUGUACAGAAGCUGACAAGAUGGGAGCCAUUUUGGUUGACCCCGCCUCUUGGUUCUCCAUGCAUGUAGCUCAUCAACUCAAUGUCGCUAGAGUUUGUUGAUAUGCUCUGUUUACCUCAUAUAUCUACAAUGUUGCCACCAGACGAUCUUUCUCUCCAUCAUUGAGCUCAAUUCCUAGCAGUGGUUGUAAAUUACUUGUAAUUGACAAACAAUCUUGUUGGGACAGUUUUCGGUAUGAUGCGAGCAAGAUCACUGCAAAACAAAAUUAGCUUAUGUGAGAAAAUUAUGCUCAAUGCAUAAGAAUUCAAUCUAAGUUUAUACCUGGGGUAUGAACUAUUUAUAGACAAAGAGGUAGAAGCCAACCUGAAUUAAGUUUUCUGCUCCUUCUUGAUCUAGUAGUGCUGUCAAUCCUCAUUGAGCCGAUAUUGACCCGAAGCUCAUGAUUCUUUAGAUGGGCCGUGGAAUUAUUCCCAACAAAUCUAAAAUACAAAAAAUAAGAGAAAAUCAAGCUCUUUGUUUGCAAUGACUCAUAAGAAAGGGGUCCGAAUUAGUAAAUGGGGUGAUCUCCAGACUUAUUGCGGCGGUCUCUUCAGCGAAAUCACCAAAAUCAGCAGAGUUUGCUCAAAAACACGCCCGCAGCAAGCUCUCUAUUACUACAGUAAAUUAGCCGAUUGUCAGAAAGUCUCGUCUCUUCAGCGGAGUCGAUUUCUCUCGUCUCUUAUUAUUUUUCCAUUUUUUAUUCAAUUUUUGCGAGUUUGAUGAAGCCAACUGCCUUCGUCUCUUUCCUGUAGCUACAACAAUGGUAAAUUUUCUCUCUAAAUCUGCUUGCUUUUUGGAUGA